UGCCGACCUAGAUUUUGAUUUUCUAUGGAUCAGGCGGGUGUCUCUCUGGGAUCAGCGUACAAGGCGCUGGGAUUGACCCCGAGCGCGAGCGCGAGCGAGGUCAAGGCGGCGUACAGGCGCUUAGCUUUGAAAUGCCAUCCCGAUUUGAGCCCCAACAAUCACGGAGAAUUCCAGCGCCUCUCGGCCGCGUACCAGCGAAUUAUAAACAGGGCUCCACAGGAGGAGCUCCAGAUCAACACGAGCCACUUUGCUAGCGGCGGCGGAGGUGGCGGCGGCGAGGCGGAGGAGAGGUUGCGAUCGUUUGGCUACCGCCAGGCGAAUCGCUCGGAGCAAAUGCCGAUCAUGCGGACGGUGUUUAGCCGGCCUGUGACGGUGGGAGUGUUCGCCACCAUCGCCUUCGCGAUUUGUGGCGGAGGAGUGGUGGCGUUUAGCUUGAGCCGCCAGGACAAGCGAAGAAUCGGAGUCAUCUCCAGGAAUACCGAUCAAGAGCUCGUGAGUGUCAAACAAAACUUUCACCUCGUUUUUCUCCUUGUGCCUCUGAUGGGGUGAUCUUUUCUCUUUUCUCACAGGUUGCUAGCUAGC